AUGGUUACUCACGAGCACGUCCGAUCAAUUUUUGAUGGUCCCGCCAAAGGCGACAUGUCGAGCUUCUGGCCCCAUGUUGAACCAAACGUUGACUGGAUUGUGAAGGGUGCCCACUGCAAGAUCGCAGGCCACUACCACUCCAUCGAAGAGUUCCAGCAAGGUACCAGAGCUCUGUCAUCAACCUGGGCAGGUCCUCUGCACCUUGUGGUCCAGAAUGUUAUUAUUGAGGGCAAUCAGGCGGCUGUGGAGCUCAAAGCUGUUGAUGUCAAGACCAAGAGCGGUGACCCCUUUCCAAAUGAAUAUACCUGGGUCCUUGGCUUCAACGACAGCGGCAAGAUUGCCACAGUCAGGGCAUACAUGGAUACGGACCUUGUUACACGCGUUAUUGAAAAGAAUCCUAGUUAG